AUGUCCCCUGAGGAGCGUCGUAGGCUCGAGGCACUUGCCCAGCAACAGGCAGGUAGCAACACUUUUGACAUGGACUAUGACAAUGACAACACAGAUUUCGGCAAUAUAUUGGACGGCACUCACACAAUUGAGAUCAGCCAUGCGGGAGGUGAGUUUGAGGAUCUCGCAAGAGAGAUAUACGGGGACUUUUGGACACCGGAUCGCAUUAAGCGCCGUGUUGAUGCCUUCGAUCAACAAAUGUUUGGACUUACUGAUGCCUGCCUUAAAUGGAAUCACGAGCGUGCUCAGCACGGUUUUAGAAGCUUCUUAGAGGUUCAUAGGACUCACCAGUCGCAUGUGGAUCCUAACUCAGGCUCUUGGGAUGUUCAAGUCGUUGAUAUUUAUUACGCUGAGAAGGUCUCGGUAACUAUUGCUUCAACUGACCACUUUGUUGCAUCUGCUCUCGUCCACCAUGAACUGUACCGUGUGGCUUGGUUGCGGAAUCCUCACUUUUCUAUUCAAGCAUUUGUGAAGUCCAUUUGUGACUUGCAUGGUGUAGAGCAUUCUGAUGAGGAGAACCCGUGCACUGGGCGAUGGAAGAAUAUGGACGAUGAGAAGACAAAGAGAUCAUGGGGGCUUUACGAUGAAACAGGCAUUUUCCUUGCUGUUUGUCGUCAUGGUUUCUGUUUGCUUAUCGCUGACAUGGUCCAAAGUGGUGAACUUGCUAAGUAUCCGCUUUCCAUUGUCGCCAAGCUGCUUGAUGCCUUCGGCACAGAUCUGGGCAGCGAGUAUGAUAUUGGAUGUCAAUUUAAAACCACCCUCGACAAUAGCGCAUUGGGUCCACUCACUCGCUCUCUCAAUCAUACUUGUUUGGUCGGAGCCUUCCAUGGAUACGCACACGAACAUCUCUGCCAGUUGUAUCAUCUCACAACAUAUGUAUCUGGUCUUGGACUUGAGGACCUCAAAACUUGUGAAUGCACCUUCUCGAAAUCCAACGCUCUAGUAUCAACACUUCGUUAUGCUAGUGUGUUUCACCAUCAGCAGCUCAUCGCAGCGUAUUUUGAGCAUAACGAUGAGUAUGAAGUCUAUCCCAGUCUUGGAAAUUUUCUAUAUAAUAACUACAAGCAGGCGCUGGAUAUUCUCUCAGACGGUGAGAUCAUCCUCAAGAAGCUCAUGCAAGACAUCCAUAUCCCGGACGAGUCUGUGUUUGAAUGGUGGUUGCAAGAAGAAAGGGAUUACCUGCACGGCCUGUGCAUGAACCUCACUGCUAGCCAGAAUAACCUUGACAGCGCAAGAUCUAUCUGGGCGUCUGCAACACCAUCAAGCGCUUCGUUUGGCACGACAGACACUGCCGCAACUCGCAGAAUAGAGACAGCCCGCAGGCAUACCCUUGAACUCUUCGAAAAGGAUCUAGCAACUGUGCAAGAACUCAACUUGACAUCGUGCAGCAGUGGGUCCCUGAAGAUCCUGAGUGGCAAAAUGCUGGACAGUUGGUUGCUAAAAGAAGAUACAGCCUGA